AAUGCCCAUUGAGUACGCAGAAUCCCAAAAAAUUGGUUAUGGAUAAGAAGUCAUUUUGGUUUUUGUGGAUAGCAUUUUUGGCAACUGUUUCAGCUAACCCAGCUGUGUUAUUAGAGGACAACGCUUUGGCAGAAAGUGGAAGGAAAUCCACAGUAUCCGGCUUUGAGUUGAAGGGAGAGGAUGUAGCACCGAACUUUGGGUUAUUUGAAAGCAGCUGUCCGGGAAGAUUCGGAUUCUCGAUAGCAACUGAUAGUUCAGAGAAGAACAAAAGUGGCUUGGUUGCCAUCGGUGUACCGGGGAGGGACGCCGUUCUUAUAUUGGAACCCAAAGGUGACACCUCCCAAGGAAGAGUCUUCGCAAACAAUUGGAUUGUGGACGUCGACUUGCACUCAGAAGAGACAAGAAGCUGUUAUCAGCAGAAGGAACACUUUGGCACAGCUGUCGCACUAUGGGGUAAUUGGAUAGCAAUAUCUAGUGUUGUAAAGGGCAGAAUUGAUAUAUACGAGAAAUCAAGAGACGGAACGAGAUGGGAUAACAAGGGACAUAUCGAUGGAACUAUAAUUGAAGGCUGGAAUGAAGAUUCAGAGUAUGGAAAAAGACUUAUAUGGUUCUGUAAAGAAGACAAUCUCUUUUUAUUGAUAUCAGCACCCAAAUGGUCUUAUGCAAGACAUCACUGUGGCUGCGUGUUUAUGUACAAGUACAUUAUUGGCACAAAUUCUUGGAAGCAUAUUCAAACAAUUAAUCCUCCUCAAGAAUGGAGUGUUGAAGCCAGUGUUUCUCUCUCUUGGAUAUCGUUCGGAGAAGCAGUUAGUCUUUGGAACGAUAGUUAUUUUGCAGUUGGGGCUCCAGGUACAGCCUGUUGGAAAUACAAGGAUACUAUCGAGAGAAGAAAGCGUUAUUGCGGUUCUGUAUUUAUCUAUAAGUGGGAAAAGGAGAAGUUGAAUUAUCACAUGGAAGUUCAACCUCAUGAUAUGGAAGGAGGUGAUGCAUUUGGGUCUUCUUUAGUGUCACUUUAUCCAUUUUCAUUGGCAGUUGGCGCUCCUAGACAAGAUUGCUACGACGGACAUCUCGCGAAGAGUAGUUGUGGAGCAGUUUAUUUAAUAGAUGGUACUCAAGAUAUUUUAUCUGCUAGACUCAAAAAUAUUCAAAGAUAUAAACCCGAUGUUCAACUAGGAAGUUUUGACCUGUUUGGUUUUGCAGUUGAAGCUCCCGAAAAUGGCAACUUCUUACUUGUUUCAGCUCCUGGUUCAUGGCAUGAAAGAGGUACUGUAUUCCUACUGAAGCGAGCAAGAGGUAGUUUUGCAUGGACAGAGAAGAAUCUUUCAAUGUCUCGUUGGUUAUGGAAGGAAAGUAGGCCGUUUUCCAAUUUGGGUUGGCAAAUUCGGUUGAUAAACUAUGGGGAACAGUAUUGGUUACUGGCUGGCGCUCCUUUUGCUCGCUUCCAAGAAGGAAGUGUCUAUAUUGUUCCGUUCCUAGAUUGAUGCACUUUGGAUUGCACUAACUACCUACACAAGUGGUAGGAUUCGUUUUAAUUUAAAUUCAUAGGAUACGAUAGGCGUGAAAGUUGGUUAAGAAAUCCCCACAGUGUUAGGUUUCAUAAAGAAUUACUUCUGACU